UGCCCUGUUGGUGAUCCAGUGGAAUAUUCGAGCCUUCAUGGGGGUGAAGAACUGGCCGUGGAUGAAGCUGUAUUUUAAGAUAAAGCCGUUGCUGAAGUCAGCGGAGAACGAGAAGGAAAUGGCUAACCUGAAGGAAGAGUUUCUCAAACUGAAAGAGGCGCUGGAGAAAUCCGAGGCCAGACGUAAGGAGCUGGAGGAGAAGACGGUGUCGCUGCUGCAGGAGAAGAAUGACCUGCUCCUCCAGGUCCAGACGGAGCAGGAUAACCUGACCGAUGCGGAGGAACGAUGCGACCAGCUGAUUAAGAAUAAGAUCAGCCUGGAGGCCAAGGUGAAGGAGCUGGGCGAGAGGUUGGACGAUGAGGAGGAGAUGAGCGCUGAGCUCACCGCCAAGAAACGCAAGCUGGAGGACGAGUGCUCCGAGCUGAAGAAGGACAUCGACGACCUGGAGCUGACUCUGGCCAAGGUCGAGAAGGAGAAACACGCCACCGAGAACAAGGUGAAGAACCUGACGGAGGAGAUGGCAGGUCUGGAUGAGACGAUAGUGAAACUCACGAAGGAGAAGAAGGCUUUGCAGGAGGCCCACCACCAGACCCUCGACGAUCUCCAAGGAGAAGAGGAUAAAGUCAACAGCCUCUCCAAGGCCAAGGCUAAACUGGAACAGCAAAUCGAUGAUGUAG